GUACCCGGAAGCGAAUGCCUCGUGGUGAUACACGUACAUUUAUUUCUUCGCUCGGAACAUGGGAAUUGCUUAGUUUCAUUGUUACAAGUCUUCCAUUACAUGAGCUUCCUUACUGACAGCUGUUUUCCAGUUAGAUAAUUUUCAAAUGCUAUGCAAGAAAGUGCCUUUCGUCUUCAGUGUGAUUAAAGAAUAAUAAUGAACUCGGUGCCAAUUUUGCUCAAAUAAGAUGAGUAUUUUUUAUCGUAACUUGUGGCUGUUUCCAAUAUUGACGUGCCUUUGGAAGAAAGUAAUUAGUGUAAACCGAGUUUGUACUCAUCCUGAAAAACGUAUUUAUUGCUAACGAAUCUCGAUAUAUUCCGUGCCAAUCCAGAGAUCUGUGAUCUUAGUUGAGUGUUAGUGCCUUAUCUCUAUUAGUGAGUGCUAGUUCUAUAGUGUCAAUUGUAACGAGUGUCAGUGUUCGUUCGUAUCUACGUUAUUCCUGGAUAACUGUUCUUAUAGCCCAGCACAGCUUCUGUAAAGGGAAAACUUGUGAUGCUACUCGUGCGAUGAUGACAUCAAUGAUGACGUAUCCACGACACUCGGACACGACGCGGUCGCCUGCAGCUCUCGCCACCUCCCCCGGCUGCACUCAGCUACUGAGGUAGCGAGCUCUGCUGCUGCUCACACGCCCAGGCCUCACACCGAUGCCUCCAUCCGGGACUGCCAUGACCACCAACUCUGUGCCACGAACUACCAGAGCCGACUACCACAAGGAGGCGCUGCACCAGAUCCGGGCGUCGCUGCAGCCCUUCGCCCACGGGGGCCCACGGGAGCGCCUGAGUCCCGUGGUUUGUUCAGCCCCGGAUUGGGCAGGCCCCGCUCCCCCCACUCCUCCCCGCACCAUUGCCUACCAUCACCAGCCACCAUCUCCGCACCACCUGCACCAUGUGCACCACCACAUGCACGUACCGCAUCACCAUCCCUCCCUGCACCACAACCCUGCCCAGCCCCCGCCCCCACAACACUCGGCUGUCAGCAGCGGAGGAAUGUCCUACGAUGUCAUCGGCUCCACCAACCACCACCACAUUCACCCGGCAGCGCUACCACCUCGGUCUUCUUCCUCCACCGCCUCCACUCCCACCGACUUCCCUCAGAUGGCGGGAGCCGCACGCCACUUUGCGUACGAGUCUUCGCCUCCACCACCGCCGCCUCGAGUGCCGUCCCACCAGCCUGGCGGCGGAGGAACUCCGUCUUCACCGCCGCCACAGACAAUGCCGCCUUUGUUGUCCCGACUCUCGCCAGGGCCCGGCAAGAAUAAGCCGCCUGGUCCCAACUACGUCAACGUGAGCGCUGCGGGACCAGGCAGACCUGUGAUGGUGCAUCACAGUGCCGUGUCUUCCGUGGGAGUAAUGGGUCCGCCCCCUCCUUACCCGACACAAGGCAAACCUAUCAAGGUGCAGCCGCCGCCAUACCAGUCCCGACAAAGUCCCGCCGUGGACCGUUCCAGUCCCGCCACUGGGUCGCUGGGGCCGACACCCCCUCCCAUGAUCGCUAGUGGUGGGUCCCUAGGCGCUGGUGCAAUGGCCGUGGCGCUACUGCCGCCGCAGCACCAGCACCAGCCGUCCUACGGCCACGCCGCCCGUCAGGCCAAGACUCCCACGCCCGUCAUCAUGCAGAGCGUCCGUAGCACGCACGUCCAAAAGCCCAUCCUGCAGACAGCCGUCGCACCUCCCUCGCCUCCUCCCCCGUCCACCCUCUCUACAUCCUCCCAACAGCAGCAACAGUUUUCUCAUUAUACCGGAGCGUCUUUGUCGUCCUCCUCUUCGGCUUCCACUAUCACUCCUUCGGCGACGGUGACCCCUCCCCCUCCCCCAUAUACACCUACGCCUUCUAAUGCCUCGGCAUCACCUUACACUCUGCCACCCUCGGCAUCACCCUACACACUACCCCCCACGUCAUCACCUCAUACCCUGCCCCCUGCCUCACCUCUCACACUUUCCACCUCCUCACCAUACACUCUGCCAGUAUCAUCUUCCGCCUCGUCGUAUGCAUCUCCGUACCCUCUGACGUCGCCUUCAUCGUCACCCAGUCCCGUCACUCCGCCCGUACCGUCCAUGGAUGCGCCCGUGCCGCAGUUCGACCCACCCAGUUAUCUCUCAGCAAUUCAGGCUAAGGCCGCUGCUGCUGAUCGCGCUUACAAAGCCUCUUCGUACACGACCCAGCGGGGCCCCUACAGCCGAGGCUCCACAAGUCCGGCGUCCUACGGCCGAGGGUGCGCAAGUCCUGCGCUCACGUCCAUCCCAGUGCAGGAGAACCCCGUGCAGGAACUGGAUCUGUCGUCCACGCCCCUUGCAUAUAUCCCUAUAGAUACCUUGAGCGAGUCUGGUGGUAACUGCGGUCACAUGACCGACGCCUACAGCGAAUGCGACGGCAUCUCCGCAGGGGCGGUGAUGUGUAGCCGACUGAGUCGUGUAAUGGGCGAUACACCGAGCACGGCAUCCCCGCGCUCGGCGUCUCCUGUCUCGUCAGUCACGUCACACGACACACACGCGCUCUCCCCGUCACCGGUGUCGUGUCUUUCAACAGCGACGUCGUCCCCCUCGACGCAGUCCGACAUGACGCUCGAGUCGGGCUAUUCGUCGAGCAGUCAGUCGGCCGUGAGGGGAAUGCUAGCUCCUCCACCUCCAAAUAUGGGUUCUUUGGCCCAAUCCCAUUCCACGACGAGCACCAGUAGCAAUAGUGUUAAGAGUAGUCUACAGACAAGUGCUGGUUCUGCCACCACGACGGUAACGACGUCAUAUAGCUCUGCCAUGCUUCCUCGACCUCCCCCUACUCCCCACCACAACAAGACACUGCAUCAGUCCCCUAUCCCUGAGCGCAAGAAGAUGUCCAAUCAAGACCAGGAAGGCGGACACUCUGAACCCAGAGUGAAGUAUUCACCUGAGGCUUACAAGUUCUACAUGGAACAGCAUGUCGAGAACAUCAUUAAGAGCGUUGAUCAAAGAAAGCACAGAGAAAUGCAGCUAGAAAAAGAAAUGAAGAAAAUCGGUUUAUCUACCAAAGACCAACACGAAAUGAGAAAAGUCCUUUGCCAAAAAGAAUCUAAUUUUAUCCGAUUAAAGAGAGCCAAAAUGAAUAAAUCUAUGUUUCAUCAUAUUAAAACAAUUGGUGUUGGGGCGUUUGGUGAAGUGGCUUUGGUGCGUAAAUACGACGGCUCGAAGCUCUACGCCAUGAAGACGCUCCGUAAAUCUGACGUCAUAAAGCGUAAUCAGGUGGCGCACGUUAAAGCUGAGCGCGAUAUUCUGGCCGAGUCCGACAACGAUUGGGUGGUUAAACUAUAUUAUUCCUUCCAGGACGCUGAUAAUCUUUAUUUAAUUAUGGACUACAUCCCUGGCGGCGAUCUCAUGUCGCUGCUCAUUAAAUUUGGCAUCUUCAUGGAACCUUUGGCAAGGUUUUACAUCGCGGAACUUGUGUGUGCCAUCGAGAGCGUCCACAAGAUGGGCUUCAUUCAUCGCGACAUAAAACCUGACAACAUCCUCAUCGACAGAGACGGUCACAUUAAACUAACAGAUUUCGGCCUCUGUACUGGCUUUCGCUGGACACACAACUCACGCUACUACCAAAGAAAAGGAGACCACGCGCGGCAAGAAUCAAUGGACCCAUGCGGCGACAACGAUCUCGUGUGUCGCUGCAAUGACCUGAAGCCCCUGGAGCGGCGGCGACGCCGGCAACAUCUGCGGUGCCUCGCGCACUCACUCGUCGGCACGCCUAACUACAUCGCCCCUGAAGUGCUCGACAGGAAGGGAUACUCUCAGCUCUGUGACUGGUGGAGCGUUGGAGUGAUCUUGUAUGAGAUGCUGGUGGGACAGCCUCCUUUCCUUGCGAACACUCCCGCCGAAACGCAGUACAAGGUGCUAAACUGGGAGUCAUGUUUGAGGAUCCCAAAAGGAGCCAACGUGUCGCCUGAGGCCAAAGACCUCAUCUUGCGCCUGCUUACAAGUCCAGAGCAGCGGCUGGGUCGUAACGCUCAGGAAAUCAAAAAUCAUUCGUUCUUCGCUGAGGUAGACUUUGAGGCUGGGCUGCGCAAGCAGCAGGCCCUUUAUAUCCCCGAGAUAAAAUACCCUACAGACACGUCUAACUUUGACCCGAUCGAGCCUGACCGUCUUCGCAGCGAAAACGAUUCGGACGCUGACAGCUUCAACAGUAAUCAGCCUUACCACGGCUUCUUCGAGUUCACCUUCAGGCGGUUCUUCGAUAGCACUCCGCCCAGCUCAGGCACCGUCAUCGUGCCGGUAGGGGGCACGGCAGGAGCUGGAGGUGCUGCUGGACAGUCUGGGGAUGACAAAGAUGUGCAGCAUCCUGUCUAUGUUUAAGGGUUUAGCAAUUUUAAACUUUUAUUUCUUGGAAAAUCAGGGAUACGCGAUUGCAGUCACCUGGCUCGGCAACAUGGGUUAUUUCUUCUCCCGUUGUAUACGUCGGAGAGUACAUAAAAUGAGCAGCGAGCUCUCACUUGCAGGAAAACUAACGUGUUUAGUAUCUUCUUCUAAAUUUAACGAACCAGUAAUUAGGGUGACUUGGCUGCAUCGUAAAGCUGAAAUGACUAAUUAGAUCGUCCCACAAAAAAUGCAACGUUUCCACGAACAAUUUAUAUUUUAUUAAGUUGUUACAAAUUUUUGUUAAGUGGUUGCAAUAGUAUGGCGGUGGACAGGCUUGGCAUUAUAACGUCUUCAUCUAGAUCAUGUUUUUAUUAUAAUGCUGGCCCAUUAUCCUCCGCUCCUGUGCAAUAUUAAUCUGCAGUGGCUUUUGCGUUGCAAGUCAGCAAAUAUGCGGUGUCAUACGUUAUUAUAUUAUUUCAUGGAGAGUGCACUCGAAGUGACAGUCAGUGUACAGGGUGGUCAGAGAGGUACUAUUCAAAUGCUAAAUGACUAAAUUGUGUAUAAGUUUUAUAUUAACAUUAAAGAUUAUUUACUUAGUUUUGAGCAACGAUUUAUACUCGUAUUAAUUCCUCAAAAUAUUAGUUGCAUUUAUUGUUGUGCGGAACAUUUUUUGUUUGGACCGUACUUUUCAAACGCGACAGAUUGAUUUCAUUAGCAUCAAAGAAGGAAGUUGUGUCAAAAUUUGAACGCUUGUGUUGCUUGCAUAAACGUAGAAAUUAUUCCAUUAAAUCUGUUCUCCUCCCCUCUUUCUGAUCACCCUGAAGUGCGGUUCCAAUUCUCCCUUCUUGUAUGUUUGUCGUUGCUUUCGAGUGUUCUCUGAGUUUUCGAAACUUGUUAAGUAAGGAUGAAUUGUUCUUGACUCCAGUAUCUGCAGAGUUGGUAUUAUAUUGCUUAUGGAUUGUUCCAGUUUACUUGCCGGCAAUUUGCUUUUAGUCGUCGGCGAGUUGCGCUGGAGUGCAGGAUGCUAGUCAUAGGGUUGCUGUAGCUGAUGGACUCGCCAACGCUUCAGCAACAGUUAUAUGAAAUAUUCUUAGACUUUAUUGAGGUGAUCUUAGGUUUAUUGACGCACUUAGCACCGCAUCUAAGAGGGUGACUCAUGGCGUCAUCAUAUAAAUGGAUGUUGCUGCCAGCUGCCACUGUUUUGAAGUGUGCCAGUUUUAAUGGUCUUUAAAUUAGGGACUUUUAGUCAGAUUUUCAUCUUUUAUUGUGUAUGAUGAAUGCAUUUUUAAGAGAAAAAUUGUUCCCAAAUUGCUUUCGACAUAUUUGAAAAACUUUGAAUGUUGAUUAGCCUGUUCUUAAAUAUUAGAGGUUUGCUAUAACCGUCUGAUCUAUGUGCUCAAGCUAGGUAAAGAUGUUGCAACAUCAGCGUUAGUAUUUUUCGAAGUUAAUGUUUUGUUCUCUGCAGGAUGUAAUGCUACAAGAACGGUCAAGCGAGCUGACCAUGUGUUGCAGUGCAUGUAUUUUAGUGGCUUCUCAAGUUUGGUUUUAGAACGAUUACCUCCUUGAAAAAGUUUUCACUUGAUCAAUUCAUUCUCUGAAAUAUAAAUGUUAUCGGAUAUUUUUGAUCAUGAGUUCGCAACUUAGCGACCGUUUAUUGAUUUGAAAUUUAUAGAUGGCUUGAGAGUUCUAACCUUCUACCGCGGUAUGUCACUCUCCGGGAACAUAACUUUCAACUUAAAUUAUACGAAAACUAUUGAAUGUAGCAACCUGAGGACGUUUGUACGCAAUAGAGAACAUUUUCAAGUUGUUGUACCUAGCGGCAAUCAUCAGUGCAAGUCAUUUUGCGCUCACUAGCAACGUAUCCU